AUGAACCGCGAUGGACAUCGUUCAGGAGACUCUCAGGACGUCGACCGCUCCCACCGGCCCAAAGAGAAGCUCCGGCCGGACAGCAACAACAACGAGAACUCGGUCCCCAAAGACUUCGACUCCAUCGACAGCAACAGCAACCUGGGAGCUCGAUCUCAGCGCCAGCGAGCGCCCAACGGCAAGCGCAAGCCGGACAAGGCGCAAAGCAUGCUGGGAAAACCCGCCAACGAGGCGCUCAAGUUCCCUCCCGUCCAACCGCGAGGGGCGGGCGGCCACAACCACAACCGCAGCACCCACGGCCGUAAGCCACACCCCCGGGCGCCAACGGUCUCGGCGCCGGUCCGAGGGUCCGACCGUGAGCCGGCGCUCCGCCGGGCGAAGAAGCCGUCCACGCCGGCGCCGCCCGGUUCGGAGCCCAGGAAAGAGCAGCCGCGCUGCGAGAUCGCCGGGAAGGAAGCCAUCUCCGCUCUGUCCAGGGCCAGGAGCCGGGAGUGCCGGCAGCAGAUCGUGGAGGUCUACUGCAAACACAAAGACCGGGCGCUGAUGCCCGAGAAAGUGCCUCGCUACUGCCCCAUCGAAGGAAAGGCUAAUGUCAACGUCCAGUGGGACGAGGACCCCUCGGACGGCGCCCAGCUGGUUCCGGCUCGGAUCGCCUUCGUCCUGGUCGUCCACGGCCGAGCCUCGCGCCAGUUCCAGCGUCUCUUCAAAGCCAUCUACCACACCUCGCACUACUACUACAUCCACGUGGACCUGAGGUCCAACUACCUCUACAGAGAGGUGCUGUCUCUGGCCGGCCGCUAUCCCAACGUCCGGGUGACUCCCUGGAGGAUGUCCACCAUCUGGGGCGGGGCCAGCCUGUUGACCAUGUACCUGCGCAGCAUGGAGGACCUUCUCCAGAUGUCCGACUGGUCCUGGGACUUCUUCAUCAACCUCAGCGCUGCAGACUACCCCAUCAGGACCAAUCAGCAGCUGGUGGCGUUCCUGUCAAAGUACCGCGGCAAGAACUUCAUCAAAUCUCACGGCAGAGACAACGCUCGCUUCAUCCGUAAACAGGGUCUGGACCGACUCUUCUACGAGUGCGACACACACAUGUGGCGCCUCGGGGACCGCAAGAUCCCAGAGGGCAUUGCGGUGGACGGAGGCUCUGAUUGGUUCCUGCUCAACCGGCCCUUCGUGGACUACGUGGUCAACUCCAGAGACGAGCUGGUCGGCAGCAUGAAGCGCUUCUACACCUACACACUGCUGCCUGCAGAGUCCUUCUUCCACACCGUGCUGGAGAACAGCGCCCACUGUGAGACCAUGGUGGACAACAACCUGCGGCUCACCAACUGGAACCGCAAGCUGGGAUGUAAAUGCCAGUACAAGCACAUCGUGGACUGGUGCGGCUGCUCGCCCAAUGACUUCAAGCCCUCAGACAUUCCCCGCUUCCAGCAGGCCUCCAGACCAACGUUCUUCGCCCGGAAGUUCGAGGCCAGCGUGAGCCAGGCGGCGGUGGAGCAGCUGGACUCCUUCCUGUUCGGGCCGUACCCGCCGGGCACGCCGGGCCUCCACGCCUACUGGGAGAACCUCUACGAGGGCGAGACGGACGGCCUGGCCGGCCUGUCGGACGCCGCGCUCAGCCACCACCACGCCUUCGCCCGCAUGGGGCUGGCGCGCGCCGCCGGCUCGCUGCAGGGCCAUCCCCAUGACAACAGCUGCAGGUUCAUCGCCAUGAACCACCCGGUGUCGGUGCACCUGUACUUCCUGUCCGACCAGUUCCAGGGCUACCUGGUGCGGCACGCGGCCACCAACCGGGCCUCCGCCCAGCAGGAGAGCCUGGAGACCUGGGUGACCCCCAAGGACCACUUCAGCCUGGCCAGCCCCGCCCCCCCCACCAACCGGCUGCAGCACGUCCAGGUGGGGGCGGACUGGGACCCGAAGGAGCGCCUCUUCAGGAACUGGGGGGGUCUGCUGGGCCCCGCGGACGAGCCGGUGGCCGUGCAGCGCUGGAGCCGUGGCCAGAGCAACCUGACGGCCACCGUGGUGUGGGUGGACCCCACCAACGUCAUCGCCGCCACCUACGACAUCCUGGUGGACGGCGGCACCGAGGUCACCCACUACCGGCCCCCCCUCAGCCCCCCGCUCAGGCCCGGGCUGUGGGUGCUCCGGGUGCUGCACCACUGGAACCCGCUGGGCCAGACCACCUUCGUGGUGGCGCCGCUGGAGUUCCACCGCCAGCAGCCGGUACUGCUAGAGGACGCCCUGCGGCUGCACGCCGGCCCCCCCAGGAACUCCUACAUGGAGCAGAGUUUCCACGGCCUGAACCCGGUGCUGCGGCUGCCGGUGAGCCUCGGCGCCGUGGAGGAGGCCGAGGCCAACGCCGGCCUGACGGGGGCGCCGCUGCGCCGCUGGCUGGACCGGCUGCUGGGGGGCCACUGGUCCGCCUCGGACGUCUGCUCCAUGGGGCCCAGCGCCUGCCCCGUCAUGCAGCGCUGCCUCCGCACCGGCUGGAGCUCAGCCAGCCCCGACACCAAGUCCCAACUGGGCCCGCCCACAGCCGACGGGAGGAUCAGGUAGCAGGAAGUGGACCUGAGGAAGUGGGCCAGAGGAAGUGGACCGGAGGAAGUGGACCGGAGGAAGUGGACUGGAGUAAGUGGUCCAGAAGAAGUGGUCCAGAGGAAGUGGACCGGAGGAAGUGGUCCAGAGGAAGUGGUCCAGAGGAAGUUUACCGGAGGGAGUGGUCCAGAGAAAGUGGACCGGAGGAAGUGGACUGGAGUAAGUGAUCCAGAGGAAGUGAUCCAGAGGAAGUAGUCCAGAGGAAGUGGACCGGAGGAAGUGGUCCAGAAGAAGUGGUCCACAUGAAGUGGACUAGAGGACGUGGUUCAGAGGAAGUGGACUAGAGGAAGUGGACCAGAGGAAGUGGACCAGAGGAACACAUGAAGGAAGGCACGCGGCUGAUGGUCCCGUUUGUGUCUCGUAUUUAUUUAUUUAAGUUUGUGCGACGUUGAAGUGAAAGAAAAGUGUGUGUGUGUGUUUGUCUGUGUGAGUGUGUGAAAGUGAUUCGGGGUUUAAAGUUAUAAAUUAUGUGUUUUUAAAAGUCACAUUUAUCAAAAGGUUAAAAAGUCAACAACAUGUAAAGUUUUCUAGGACUCGGCGUUUAGUGAAGAAACAUUAUUUUUAUAUUAUAAUUAUUAAUCAACAGUUAACUCUUCGUACUUCAGAAACAAUUGCAGCAGUAAGUCAAUGUAUUUAAAAAUAAAUAUAAAUAAAUCCUUCAAGAUGAAUCUAUUCAACAUUAAGAUUUCAACAUGUUUUAAUUUCCUGAAAUUAAUUAAUCUUAAUUAUAUUUUAUAAAAUCGCUGCUGUACUUUUGGGUAGAAAAUAUGAAAAGUAACCAAUAAAUAUUUCUGAUAGACGCAGAGAAGUACAAAUACUUUAGGUGUGUACUUUGGUACUUUAGGAGUGUACUUUGGUACUUUAGGUGUGUACUUUGGUACUUUAGAAGUGUACUUUGGGAAAAAGGUUCUGUGAUACUUCCAACCAAUCAGAAUGUAGCUCCUCCUCCUGACGCAGAGGCUCCGCCCCCUCUCUGAUUCCAUGUUACACUCAUGUUAUCUGGGUUUUAUUUAACACAGUUUUAGUUUAUUUCUAGAUUUAAUCUGUUAAGUUUCCAUCUUAAAGUCUUUGUCACUUUUAUCAUAAAGUUUAACAUUAUUUAUUUUUACGUCUCGUGUUUUGGGAAAGUCUGACGUUGAGUUCAAAGACAGGAAGAAGACAUUUCACGAUGUGACGGUUCAUAUCCUGCAGCUUCAUGUCCACGUCGUCUGUGUCUCUGUGUCUCUGUGUGUGUGUGUCUGUGUCUCUGUGUCUCUGUCUGUGUGUCUCUGUGUCUCUGUGUCUCUGUGUGUGUCUCUGUGUCUCUGUGGGAGUCGUGCUGUGCCUUAGCUGUCUCCUGUUUUAGGAGAUCCUCUGAAAUCAUCUCAAACUCUUCAAAUGUCCAGAAACCAAAAGCAAAAAUAGUUGUAAUAAUAAUAGUUGUUGUUUGCCUUAUAAAUCACUGUCGAGGUUUUGAAGUACAAUUUUUUAUUAAUAAAACUGAAUCUGUCUUUA